AUGAUGCAUGGUUUUAAUAAAAAUCUAAAAGUUAUUUCAGUGUUUUGUGGUUUAACAGGACUUACUACCUUUUAUAGUACAAAAAUUGAUAAAGUUCUGAUAGCCAACAGAGGUGAAAUAACUUGUAGAAUUAUAAAAACAGCAAGGAAGUUAGGAAUAAAAACAGUUGCCGUGUUUAGUGAUGCUGACGAGCAUUCCAUGCAUACAUCUUUGGCAGAUGAGGCAUAUAACAUAGGCCCUGCACCUUCUCAGGAAAGUUAUUUGAGAGGAGAUAAAUUGAUUACUAUAGCAAAACAUGCUAAAUGUCAAGCUAUUCAUCCAGGCUAUGGUUUUUUAUCUGAAAAUACUGAAUUUGCUCUCCAAUGUUCCGAAGCUGGUAUAUAUUUCAUUGGCCCACCUGCAUCUGCAAUUAGAGACAUGGGAAUUAAAAGCACAUCAAAGGCCAUAAUGAUUGAAGCUGGUGUUCCAACUAUAUUAGGGUAUCAUGGUAAAGAUCAGUCUGAUUCUAAGUUGUUAGAAGAAGCAGAGAAAAUUGGUUUUCCGAUUAUGAUAAAAGCUGUUAGGGGAGGAGGAGGAAAGGGAAUGAGAAUUGCAUUAACAAAAAAUGACUUUUUUAUGCAAUUAAACUCUGCCAGAUCUGAAGCAACUAAAGCAUUUGGGGAUUCUGAUAUGCUGUUAGAAAAAUUUCCUGGAUUAUCGGAUGAUCUGCGAAAAAGAUUAGGAACUGCUGCUAGUCAAGCAGCUAGAGCUGUCGGAUAUGUUGGAGCUGGAACAGUUGAAUUCAUUCUCGAUAAAAAAACUCAUGAGUAUUUUUUUAUGGAAAUGAACACAAGACUGCAAGUGGAACAUCCUGUUACAGAAAUGGUUACUGGAACUGAUUUAGUUGAGUGGCAAUUCAAGGUUGCAAAUGGGGAAAAACUUCCACUCAAACAAGAAGAAAUAAAAUUACACGGACAUGCUUUUGAAGCUCGGAUUUAUGCUGAAAAUCCUGAACAGAAUUUUUUUCCAGGAGCAGGAAAAUUGGAAUAUUUAAAUACGCCUUUAGAAAAUAACGACGUAAGAGUAGAAAUUGGUGUAAGGCAAGGAGAUGAUAUUUCAGUGUAUUACGACCCAAUGAUAGCAAAACUUGUUGUGUGGGGAUCCGAGCGGGAGGAGGCAUUAUUAAAAUUUAAAAAUAAUCUAACCAAUUUUAAUGUUGCCGGAUUAGAAACAAAUAUCAAUUUUUUACUGUCUUUAUCUGAUCAUCCAGAGUUUAAAAAAGGAAAUGUUCAUACUAAUUUUAUUCCUGAUCAUAUGGCAGAAUUAUUCCCGAAAAGAAAAUACACAGCAGAAAACAUAGCAGCUGUCGUUCUUGCUCAAAUAUUUACAGAACAUUCUAAUAAUAUUAAACACAUUGAAUCUAGUGAUCCAUUUGUUGCGGCAGGUUCAUUUAGAUUAAAUCAUUGUUUGGAAAGAAAUUUAAUGUACAAUUUUAGUGAAAAAGUCAAAGCAAUAAUUAAUGUUGUGUGCCUUAAUAACAAUACAUGGAAAAUUAACUAUAUAAUUCAAGAUGAAGAUGAAAAAGAAAGUAAUAAUUAUGAAUUUGAAGUGUGUGGAUCAUACUUAAAGAGACAAGAUGAUAUGACCAUAAAUUAUAAAAUAAAAAAUCAGAUAAUGGAAGUUAAAGCAUUCAUCAAAGGCAAUAGAAUAAGUGUAUUCUCAGGUAAAGGCAAAAUUGAAGGAAUCAUGCCUGUUCCAAAGUAUAUAAAAAAAAUUCAGGAAACAGAAUCUAGUGAUUCAGCAGUAUCUCCAAUGCCUGGAAUAGUUGAUAAAGUAUUUGUUAAAAAGGGAGAUCAAGUAAAAGCAGGAGAACCUUUACUAACCAUCAUUGCCAUGAAAAUGGAGUAUGUGAUUAAAUCUCCGAAAGAUGGAACAAUUUCCGAAAUAUUACAUUCCAUAGGAGCUUCAGUUUCAAAAAAUACAAUUUUAGUUAAAUUUCAAGAAUAA